AUACAUCUUGAACCCCUUUUAAUUAUUGCUAGCUGGAGUCAAUGAGGCUGAUUUAACAAUUCGAUGUAGAUGAUGAAUAUUAAUUUGAGGCAAGUCCUGAAGACAACUAGUAAAAAACUGCGACACAGUAGUAGUAAUGUUAUAUCGUCGAUAACAACUAGACUGUCGCCGGUAUGAAGUGUGUUUAGAACGUCCGAUAUAAAGGCAUAAGGGCUAUUUUCUAGUUGCAGAAAGACAGCAGUAGGGUGCAAAGGCAGUUCGCCAGUUACAGCAGCGCGUCCGCUGAACGAUAACGAAGAGGUAGGUGAGAUCACGGAGACCGGGGUGAGAAGGUGAUGAAGCGUACUUCAUGAGCUGUAACCAAAAAACAACUGGCAUUUGGAAAGUUUGAGCAUGGAUUAACAGACACCACCUGCAAAAACAGAAGUUGGUCGCCCUUGUAUUAUUGAGGCACACAGGGAAGGAGGAGAAGGUGUUGAGAAGGGAGCAUGGGCAAUAAUACCACCUUGUCCAGGAGCUGCUCUUGGACCCUGCCCGACAUCACCGAUACUUCCGGAUGAGUGCAGAAGAGAUGGAGACUCUUCUGUUUUUUGUUGGCCCAGACCUCACCAAGCAGACGACCAACUACAGGACCCCAAUAAAGCCUAAGCAAAGACUAGCUGUCGCUCUAAGAAAAAACGGCAGAAAGCCAAUUCAAUUGAUGUGGAGCAGAAGACAAGAAAUAAGAAGGAGAGUAGCACUUCAUCUCCCUCUCCAAUUCCAACUGACCGUUCUGAACGGAAUUCCUCCGCCACCUCUGACCCCUCACCCUCUGACCAACUCUCCUCCCUCUAUCCACCUCCCUCUCCUGUUAACUGUUCCUCUCGGCCUUGCUCUCCUGCUAAACAGCCCUCUCUCCCCAGGUCACCUGUCAAACACCCUUCCCCAGUGAAAUCCUCUCCAGUGGUGUCCUGCCCUAGUUCUCCCUCUCCUACCAACCCUCUGUACAGUCAUGGAGACACCAGCCAAGAGGGCGCAACAGUCAGACCUCUGUCUCUUCAGGACCACUCUAGCCCAAGGCCCCAGAGGUCAGGCUCAGGUGCCAGAAGUCAGACUCUUCCCAGGGCCAGCUCAGCCACCAGAAGGUCAGAGGAGACCCAGGGGGCCAGAGGAGAACGGGGGGCCCUGGUCAACAUGGAACUUCUUGGGUUGCCUAACAUUGGCAACACUUGCUUCCUAAACGCCACCCUGCAGUGCCUCCUGGUCCUGCCUUCCUUCUCAAAGGAAAUCCUACGCCAGGAACAACUCUGGAGCUCCUCCCCCUUCUCCAACCUGCUCAGGUGUCUGUCUGAUGUGCACCGUUUGGGUCUACCUGACAGUGGCGCAAACCAGGCCUCAAAAGCAGACCUCAUGUGGAAGGUCAAGUACUCCUUGUCGGGAUAUGAUUUGAAGUAUCUGGGGGACACGCAACAGGACGCACACGAGUUACUUGUGAAUAUGCUGUGCCAGCUGAAGGAGGAGGGCAUGAUACUGAAGACACUCUGGGUGAACUAUACCUGCCCUGUUUCCCAGUUGGAGUUCCAGCUUGUCUCAGUGCGCACAUGUACCAGCUGUGGGCGCGAGUCGUCCACCAGAGAGGACUACAAUCACUUCUCAUUGGACUUCAGCUCUGAGCGCACCUUGCUAAGCAGCCUAGCACUCACUUUUAAAGGAGAAAAGGUUGAAUUCACAUGUGCGGGCUGCAAGGGCCUCCACGCCUCAAAGGUGGAGCAGUUCCACACACUGCCUCUUGUGCUGGUUCUGCAUCUAAAGAGGUUUGGAGGACCUGGGGGGUUGGAGAAGCUGGAGGCUCCUCUUUUGUUUCCUUCGGAGCUGAGGCUCUCCACCUUCUGUGGGGACACGGUGCCACCCCUGCACAGUGCCAGCCCACAGGCCCUCACCAACCAGAACCCCAAUAUCCAGGUGUCCAUCCCCCAGACCCUCGCCAGCCAAGUCCCCAACCCACCCGGAGAGACCAAAGAUAGCGCCCUCUGCUGUUCAGAAGCAGCCAGUGAAGUCAGUGAAUGGCUACUACCAGCUGACUGGCGUAGUCUCUCAUUUGGGAGGCUCCGCAAACUCCGGGCACUACAUUAGUGACAUCUUGAAUGCCAGUGGAAACUGGUUCUGCUGUAACGACAGCCAAGUGUCAAUGUCCAAUGAAGCCACUGUGCUGAGGACCAGAGCCCGGAGUGCUUACCUGCUCUUCUAUAUGUUCAGGGCAGGAGAGAAUUAGGCCCCAGCACACAGGGCCUAACAGGGCCUCCAGCACCAGCCUCAACAGGGGCAGCACCUGGACCAGCCUCCACACACCAAGCUCAGCCUCAAAAGGCUCAGCCCAGUCUCAACAGGGGUUGUACAGGCCUAGACUAAAUACCCUCAGCCCAGCUUCAACAGUGGUAGUCCUAGGCCCAGCUUUAACACCCCCAGCCCUGCCUCAACAGGGGCAGCACCAAGCCCGGCUUCAACACUCCCUGCCCAGCCUCAACAAGGGGGGUGGGGGUGUUAUGAUCACUACUGGCUUCUUCUCAUGGAACUGGCACAUUGAAAAGAGACCUGGUGUUUGGGAAAGAAGACUGAAACCUCCUGCUCCGACUGAGGAGGAUGAAGAACAAAGGUGCGCUGCCUAUGGGACUGUGCCACCUCUGAUCAGGUCCAGACACGUGAUUACUGUGCAGCCCCUGAACCCGCAGCCCUGGACACGGCCCUAAUGGCAAAUCAUGAGCACAUUUGCAAUCUACCCCCACCUGAUGGCCUUCUGGCACUUGACUGAGAAAACAGCAGAGACCAAGUUUACAAGUCACAAGCACCAAUCCAUCUGAAACAAGUGUUACUCGAAGAAAACUGACACUGCCAUCAAUCGACGAGUUCUUCUUGUUUAUGACUCAUCUGUCGCUGGGUCGGAAGCAGAAGGAUUUAGCCCAUUGGUUCAGCAUCCACCAAUCGACAGGGAGACUGAUUAUCAUCUCUUGGGCCAACUUCUUCUACGGUCUGCUUGGAUCAGCACGGAUAUGGAUCCCCAGGGAAACCAUCAAAGCCCACCUGCCACCCGAGUUCAAGGACUAUCCAGACACCCAGGUAGUGAUCGACUGCACUGAACUCCGCUGCCAGACAACAUCUUCACUACUACUGCAGAGUGAGGUGUUUUCUUCCUGUUACAGGAAUUAAAUUCCUUGGUUUUAAUACCCAAUUAAAAUGAAUCACUCUGUCAAUUCAUAAGAGUCUGUAAGACCCUUAUUUGUAUAAAAUGGACAGAGACCAGUCUUUGAAAUCAACCAGCUGUAACGGUAUUCCUGUGGUUAAGUAGAGGCGGACCAAACCGCAGCGUGGUUAUAUUGACUCAUGUUUAAUAAAAACACGAACACUACAAAACAAUAAACGUGGAAAACUAAAAACAGCCCUAUCUGGUACAAAACACAGAGACAGGAACAAUCACCCACAAACACACAGUGAAACCUAGGCUACCUAAGUAUGAUUCUCAAUCAGAGACAACUAAUGACACCUGCCUCUGAUUGAGAACCAUACUAGGCCGAAACAUAGAAAUACCCCAAAACAUAGAAAAACAAACAUAGACUGCCCACCCAACUCACGCCCUGACCAUAUUAAAUAAAUACAAAACAAAGGAAAUAAAGGUCAGAACGUGACACCAGCUGCGUUUAUUCUCGUGAGUACUGCUCAUUAUAUAUUUUAUCACAGGUUAUAAACUGAAAAUUACGUCAUCGUUUUCUAAACUGUUCCGUCUCUUCUCGACACUGGUACAAAGGCUGUAUAGUUCUCAAGCCUUCCCACAUCGUCUAGAGCCAAGGUCAGCCUGUGUAGAUAAGUAUUCUAGCCAGUCUGGCGAUAUAGUUCAUUCAUUUCUACCAAGGAACAGACAGUCAUUGUUCUAAUUCUUGAUUAUAUUUACACACAUUAUAUUCGGUACUAGGAUUAGAAAGAAAAUUCAUACAUAUACAGUAACAUAAUAGUAUUCUGAUUAGUACAUAUACAGUAACAUAAUAGUAUUCUGAUUAGUCUGAUUGAAAUGUAUACAUAAUUAGUCAUUAUUGAUAAAAAUUCCCUUAACACUUCCUACAAGUCACACUGUACCUUUAAGGGCAUGUUGGGAAUGUCACCACAUGGAGCUGUCACUUUUAUGUCAUCGUUGUGUGCUGGAUCUGUGAUUGACAAGGAGAUCUUCAAGCAGUCCGGAUUUAUUUCCUUACUGUACAUGUGUUUAUUUGGUAGUAGCAAAAUAAUAAUUUGUUUAUCUACGACAUGUAUCAAUCAUUUGUGUUGUAGUGAAUAUCAGUUUGUGUGGAGCUUGUAUUGGCUUUAAUUAGGCAAUGAGUUUAGGGGUGGGGGAAAGAAAUCAAGUGAACACAGAAUAGCCAGAAUGCAAGACUGUAUACAAUGUUAGAGAUGUGUAAUUGAUUAACUGAACAA